UUUUUCUCCUUUCUCCUUGAGCGCUGCUGGUACAAAGGCGCCUGGUGUGGAGCAGCAGCAGCACCUGGGAUUACGCUUACAUGAAUGGGGCAGAGUGAACGGACCUGCUAAACCCGGAAUAGUAGACGGAGACAGUGAGUAAACCCACGCAGGAUUAACACACUUUCUUCUUUCUCUCCGUGGGAGCCAGAUCCCCGUGUCACCCUGCGAGGACAGAUGCUGUCAUUGUGUCGAGGCUGAGAUUUAAAAGAAAAAAAAAUCUUCUCAAAGUGUCCUAUUCUGGAAUAAUGCAUGAGAGAGACUGCAGCUUUUUAUUCCUUUUCAUGCCCCGCACAUUCUCAGUUAUUCCAGUGGCUGAGCAGCCGGUUUCUCUUGUUCACACUGGGAUGUAUUGUUGCAUCUGCGCAGCCCACGACAAGUGUCAGCAAUUAGACUGUGUGUGUGUGAACGUGUUACCUAAAGGCCUGUUUUAAACACUGCUUUCAAACUGUAAGUGGCCAUUGUUGUCGAGAAGGAUUCAGUGGAGAACAGGACUGGGAAAUAAGGGGCCAAACCGUGCGCCCUUGGUGUGAUUCUCCAGCGUGUGCGCGCCGGGGUCGAUCACAGAGAUAGAUUAGGCACAAUAUGGUGGAACCGGUUGGAUUCAUCGAGGCGUGGAAAGCGCAGUUCCCCGAGUCCGAGCCCCCCAAAAUGGAGCUGCGAUCUGUUGGUGGCAUCGAGCAGGAGCUGGAGAAGUGCAAAGCGUCCAUCAGGCGCCUGGAGCAAGAGGUGAACAAGGAGCGUUUCCGUAUGAUCUACCUGCAGACCCUCCUGGCCAAGGAGAGGAAGAGCUAUGAUAAGCAGCGUUGGGGCUUCAGGAAGACGCCUCUGGGCGAAGGGAUGGACCCUGCGGCCACACAGGGCGCAGAGUGCCAGUCCCAGCAGCCGCACAUGCAGGAGACUGGUGGAGUUGGAGUAGGAGUGGUUGGUGGAGGGUAUGGAGGUGGUAGUAUGGAUAGGAGCCGCUAUCAGCCUCUUGGAGACGGAGCUGGCAGAUCUAAACCCAGGCCUCCACCAGCCAGGAAGUCUGCCUCCCACGGAGACGGCCUGGAGUCAGCCUUUGAGGUCCCCCAGCAGGCUGAGUCGACAUCCUGCGACAACCUCGACGGCCUCUCCCCAUCCAAGCAGAGAGGUGGUAUCUCCGUGUCGCCCCGCAGGCUCAAUGUGCCACCCACAGAGAAGGACCUGCCCUCUGACCCCAAAGACAAGAUGGGGAUGGGGCUUGGCGUGGCAGCUCUCAGGUCCAACUUCGAGAGGAUCAAACGGGCCAACUCUCACUCGGCGGGGGAUGUAGCAAAGGGCCAGGAGAAGCAGCUGCCGCCACCGCCGCCGCCAUUCUACUCUAACAUGGAAUUCCACCACGAGAGGGGUCUGAUCAGGGUCAACGACCGGGAUGUGUCAGACAAGAUCAGCUCACUGGGCAGCCAGGCUAUGCAGAUGGAGCGGAAGAGGUCUCUUCACUCCCUCCCAGGUAACCUCGCCACGGUGGCGGGGGAGCUCCGCGCUAGGCCGGUGUACAGAGGCCGGUCUACUGAGAGCACCUGUGGCUAUGAUGCUGAAUAUGAAGAUGGGGAACCCAACCAACGACACUCAGGGAGGGCCAACGGUGGCAAACCUCCACCACCUCCUUGGCAGCCGUCCGAGUUCCAGGCGUACUCCAGUGUCUACGUUGGCGGGGUGAUGAUGGGUGAAGGUGGUGGCGGAGAUGGGAGAGGUGGUGGUGGUGGAAGUGGAAGUGGUAGUGGUAGUGGAGUCACAAUGAGAGACAUUGGAGGAGGCGAUGACCACCUCCUGACCUGGCCACGCCGUUCCUACUCCCCGGGGAGCUUCGAGGAUGUCGGUGGAGGUGGCGGCUACACGCCGGACUGCAGCUCCAACGAGAACCUGACGUCCAGCGAGGAGGACUUCUCGUCAGGUCAGUCCAGCCACGUCUCACCCAGUCCCACCACGGCCUUCCGCCGACCCUUUAGAGAGAAGAGCCGCUCUCCGUCCCAAAACUCCCAGAACUCGCAGCACUCGUUCGACAGCAGCAGCCCUCCGACACCGCAGUCCCAGAAGCGUCACCACCGGCAGCAGGGAGGCCACGUGGUCAUGUCUGAGGCCACUAUUGUGAGCGUUCGCAAGACCGGUCAAAUCUGGCCACCUGCUGCCCAUCAUGACCUCGUGCCCCACGGCAGAACGUCCCAUGACAACAGUUACCAUGGAGACCACCUAGAUGGUCAUUUCACCGGAACCCCUCCCACGUACGGUUACGAUGCAGACCGCGCAGAGGAGCAGCGGAGGCACCACGACAUCCUGCCGUACAUCGAUGACUCGCCGUCCUCUUCACCGCACCUCAGCUCCAAGAGCCGCAGCAGUCGGGACACCCUCUCCUCGGGAUCGUUAGAGUCCUCCAAGUCGACUGAAUGUGACCUGGAAAAAGGUUUGGAGAUGAGGAAGUGGGUCCUGUCUGGGAUCUUGGCCACUGAGGAAACAUACCUCAGUCACCUGGAGGCACUGCUGCUGCCUAUGAAGCCUCUGAAGGCCGCUGCCACAACCUCGCAGCCUGUGCUCACUGUGGCCCAGAUAGAAACCAUCUUCUUCAAAGUGCCUGAGCUCUAUGAGAUCCACAGGGAGUUCUACGACGGUCUUUUGCCACGUGUCCAGCAGUGGAGCCACCACCAGAGAGUCGGGGACCUCUUCCAGAAACUGGCCAGCCAGCUCGGAGUUUACCGAGCAUUUGUGGACAACUAUGAACUGGCUGUGGAGACGGCGGAGAAGUGCUGCCAGGCCAACACACAGUUUGCAGAAAUCUCUGAGAACCUGAAGGUAAGGAGCCCCAAGGACUCCAAGGACCAGACAGCCAAGAACUCUCUAGAAGCUUUGCUUUAUAAACCAGUGGACAGAGUGACUCGCAGCACAUUGGUACUUCAUGACUUGCUCAAACACACGCCCACCAGUCACCCGGACCACCCGCUUCUGCAGGACGCCUUGCGGAUCUCCCAGAACUUCCUGUCCAGCAUCAAUGAGGAGACGACGCCCCGACGGCAGUCUAUGACUGUCAAGAAGGGAGAGAGCCGUCAGCUUCUGAGGGACAGCUUCAUGGUGGAGUUGGUGGAGGGGGCCAGGAAGCUGCGGCACGUCUUCCUCUUCACUGAUCUGCUGCUCUGCGCCAAGCUGAAGAAACAGAUCGGAGGUAAAAACCAACAGUAUGACAGUAAGUGGUACAUCCCGCUGACUGAGCUGACCUUCCAGGGCCCUGAAGAGACCGAGCCACUUACCAUUCCCCAGGUCCCCGAUGAGGAGCUUGACGCCAUGAAAGUCAAGAUCUCACACCUCCGCAGUGAGAUUCAGAGAGAGAAGAGAGCCAACAAGGGCUCAAAAGUCAUCGACCGUCUCAGGAAGAAGCUGUCUGAACAGGAGUCUCUGCUGCUGUUAAUGUCUCCGAGCAUGCCCAUCAGAGUCUACAACAAGAACGGCAAGAGUUACAGUUUCCUGAUUUCAUCCGACUAUGAACGUGCAGAGUGGAGGGAAAUAAUGAAGGAACAGCAGAAGAAAUGUUUGAAAACUUCCUCCUUGACUUCCAUGGAGCUGCAAAUGUUGACCAACUCUUGUGUCAAACUGCAGACUGUCCAUCACAUUCCACUUAGCAUCAAUAAAGAAGAGGAUGAAUCCCCCGGUCUCCACGGGUUCCUGAAUGUAAUCGUCCACUCUGCCUCCGGCCUCAAACAGAGUCUGAAUCUCUACUGCACAUUGGAGGUGGAUUCCUUUGGCUUCUUUUCAAAUAAAGCCAAGACGAGAGUGUAUCGAUACACCACUGAACCCAAAUGGAAUGAGGAGUUUGAGAUUGAGCUGGAGGGCUCUCAGACCCUGAGGCUGCUGUGCUACGAGAAGUGUUACAACAAGACCAAGCAGAACAAAGAGGAUGGAGAGAGCACAGACCGCAUCAUGGGGAAAGGACAGAUCCCGCUUGACCCACCAACUCUCCAAGGCAAAGACUGGCAGAGAACAGUUAUUCCCAUGAACGGGAUCGAGGUUAAACUUUCCAUGAAGUUCACCAGCCGAGAGUUUAGCCUGAAGAGGAUGCCCUCACGAAAACCCAUGGGUGUGUUCGGAGUCAAGAUCUCUACAGUGACCAAGCGAGAGCGCUCCAAGGUGCCCUACAUUGUCCGGCAGUGCCUAGAGGAGAUUGAGAGGAGGGGUAUGGAAGAGGUGGGCAUUUACCGGGUAUCAGGCGUGGCCACUGACAUUCAGGCUUUGAAGACUGCCUUUGACACCAAUCAUAAAGAUGUGUCAGUGAUGAUGAGUGAGAUGGACGUCAACGCCAUCGCCGGGACCUUGAAGCUGUACUUCAGAGAGCUGCCAGAACCACUUUUCACUGAUGAGCUCUACCCCAAUUUUGCAGGCGGCAUCACCCUGUCUGACAGUGUUGCCAAAGAGAGCUGUAUGUUGAACUUACUGCUGUCACUGCCAGAACCCAACCUGGUCACAUUCCUUUUCCUUUUGGAUCACCUGAAGAGGGUGGCAGAGAAGGAAAGUGUCAACAAGAUGUCUCUCCACAACCUGGCAACGGUGUUUGGGCCGACCUUGCUGAGGCCUUCCGAGAAAGACAGCAAGAUCCCCGCCAACCCCACCCAACCCAUCAGCAUGGGCGACAGCUGGUCCCUGGAAGUCAUGGCACAGGUCCAGGUGUUGCUGUAUUUCCUCCAGCUGGAGACGAUUCCCACCCCAGACAGUAAACGACAGAGCAUCCUCUUCUCCACUGAAGUAUAGAGCUAAAAUUGACUCUGCCGAUGUGAGACUUUGACCAUGAAGGAGUGAAAAAGAGACGGACGGUGGCUCAAAGUGAGCCUAUAGUAGUAUGUUUUCGAAUUGACUGACCAGAUUCCAUUAGGCUGGAAAGGAUUGUCUCUGGCGAUGCCUGCUCCCCUCAUACACAGAGGGUGCCAUUGGACCUCUGGAGCUCUGGAGGAUGUGCAGUCCUUACCAUUCAUAUCGCUCAUUACCUGAUAGUUAGUCUGAUUCUUUGUACCCACAGUGAUGGUGUGGGUACACCUGCCAUCUACAUUUCUCCACCAUGAUAUUUGUUGGUCUUUACAUUGAACCUUUGCAGCUUGUUGUGGUUCAUAAAUCAAGACGUUGUCAAAAUCAGUCCAUAAGAGAACAUAAUGCCUCUUUCUUGAUUCUUGUAUUAGUUUGCCAACAGAUCAGAGUUUCCAUGUACCUUUGUGUUCGGGCAUUGCUCUCAAUCUGUCUUUAUUUUGGACAAUCAUCGGCUCACUGCAAAACAUGUUUAUCCAUCAAACGUUGCUUCAUGUCCUGCUGAGGAGAAUUCUAACCGUGUCUUACAUCAUCUCGGCACAUCGUUUCUGGGAAGACAAGAGGAACAUUUGUGCUGUUUGUGGGAGUUCAAUAGUGAACACCAAGAGCUGCCACGGUACUUCUUUGUGUCAGGAAGCCAACACCUGUAUGUUAAAGUGUUUACAACGUAAACAAAGCCCGGUUGGAGUCAGAAACAAGUGCUACAGCUAGACGAGGGACUGUAAGAAGAAGAAGAAGAAAAAAAAAAAGGAACCCGAUGAUUAGUAACACACUGCAAUCUGACUGCCUGCGUUUUUUCAUAAAAGCAAAUUUCCUCUAUUUGUGUUGUUUGUGUCUCAAGGUAGUGUCAGCUCAAAAUAUCCAGGAAGCAAUAUAUUUUCUAACAUAGGAAUUGUCUGUGUUCAUAUCUUUGCUGACGAAAUGUCCUUCUUAUUGUAACAUAGGACAUCUUGCCAAAUUAAUAUGUCGUUUGUUUGUUUCUAGGAGAAAAAGGAAGCAGUUGUAUUUACAGAUAUAGUAUGUACAUAAUCUUAAAGUUGUAUUUUUUUCUUUCUUUUUGUUUAACAGUAUAAUCAUUGUUGCGAUUAUUGUAAUUUAUUUUGGGGGGCCUGGGGGGAGAAAUCGGUUUGUUUUUCUAUGUGAACUUUUUUUUUCUGUUUAAGAAAGUGGUAGGUCUUAGCCUUGACUUCAAGUCUUGCAGUAAAUAAGCAGGAUUUAGCCUUGUUCUUAUAGAAACUACUCAGCUGUUCUGUCCAGCCUAUCGAUUAUUCAUUUUAGAUAUUAUUAUGAAGGGUAACACACACAUUGUAGUUACAUACUGUAUGCUGCUGUGGAAAGGCACAAGCUCUUUAACUGCUGGGUGUUCCUCCAGCAGAGUGUCUCACAUCCAGAGACCGUCGCCUGUCUAGUGUAGACAUUAUGCAAUGUCAUGAUAGAGCACACACUCGCGCGCGCACACACACACACACAAGUAUGACAUUGUGUCUUUUUGUACCAUUUAAUCUGUGGCCGCAGAAGUGCACUCAUGCAAUGUUAGAACUACUGUUUUACAAUUCAAGUGACCUGAGCGCUUACUAGAGCAUAUCUGUUGGUUUUAAUGAAGGAAUAUUAUUUUGUUUCAACUUUUCCUGACAUCUGUUUUUAUAUUUAUCUCAUCCAUAUGGCAAAAUGUCCGACUGAUUCUUUGUCCCUUAAAGUACUCUUCAUCCUGUUUAAUUCUAACUUUGGUAUUUUUCAAUCUGGACGCUAUUUUCCAAUGUUUUUGAGUUGAAGGGAACAACAAUUUUUGGAAACCACCCCAUAACGUCCCUACACUAACCUUUCCGUUUAAUAAAUCUACCGUUUUUUUUUCCACAGUAAUUAGUAUCUAGUUCCUAAAAUGUUCAGGCAGACGGUACUUGCUGUAGCUGUGGUUGAGGGUGAGAGGCUGUCAGCGAAUAAUUUGUUGGGCACAGAUAAACGGAGAUCUGUGUGGGUACAUGAGACCCUAAAAAAGAGGGUGGAUCACGGGGAGUACCACCAGUUGAUCCAGGAGCUUCUCCUCAAUGGUGGCUGUUUCAGGCAUAUUUUAGACCUGUCUAUCAUCGGGCUGUAUAGCUUUUGGUAUCCAGCAACCGCUACCAUCAGUUUCUUCUCCAUUGUUUACCAACUGUAAACCGCCUCUCAAAUAAUCCACUUGGACAAUGGAAAAAAAGAUGAUGAAAAAGACAUGAUAUGGGUCACUUUUCCGCUCUGAGUUUAAGUUUUUUCAAUUCGAGGAGUUCAGAAUACUCUGGCAAAAACGCCAGGUGCAUCACAACACAAAAACCAGCUGCAAAAAGCUUCAAUCUCAUUUUAAACAAUUACAAAAAGGCACCUUUUUAAAGCGCUUUCUGUGUAAUCAGGGUCUAUUUUACUUUUUGUUAAACCCCAAAUCGCUAUCACCAAACCCACCAGACUCCAUUUAAAUAAACAGUAAUUUUGUCACCAUAAAACACACUUCAUCAAAGUCGUAGAAAAAAAAAGAAAGCUCACAAAAAUUUACCUGGUUCAUCUUCCCUCUGUUCAAACCAUCACCAACUCUGGUUUGGUAAAAAAAUAAACUGUUAAUUUACUCAGUUAGGUGUAAAAAUAUGCCGUCUCUAUAUACGCUAAAAUUACUGUUUAUUUAAAUGGAGUCUGGUGGGUUUGGCGAUCGCGAUUUUGGGGCUGUUUCUGGUUAAACAAAAGGGAUCUUACUCUUACUAACCAAGAGAUCUGUCUCUGUAGGAUCCUUUCCAUAAUGUUGUCAUACACUUAGACUAACAAUAUGAGCCGGUCAGCGAAAAAAACAAGCUCAAAUCAGUGCUGCACAAAUGCCCUGAUUGUUUCCAUUGCAGCCUGUUUCACGGCUCCCGGCUGCAGCACUCUUGCUCAAUAUUGGACCAGUUUCAAAACUUGUUGUUCCCAUCAGUCACUGAGACACAAAAACAUGACAAAGUAGGAUCCAGGUUGAAAAAUACCAACGUUACCCUUUAAGCUUCAAGGUGUCCAACCCAAUGGCCAAUCUUAAAGGAAAUCUCCUAAGAUAUUUUGCUCAUACUAAAAUUACAAAUACUGAUUUCAAUCUCUGUGUCCUUGAUUUAACAUGCAGGCAUGUUUUAUUGACUUCUCUUUCUUCAUUUUGGUCUUGUUAUUGCUGUCUUGUUCGCAAAUGUGUCAUCAUAGACUUUGGGAUGUUGGUUGAGUAUCUGGUUUACAUUAUUAGAGCAUGUCCUUCUCUGGCAAUUCAAAAGACAGGUUCACAACUGAAAAGUGAACAUUUCCUUUAGGGUAAAUAUCAUGGUUGGUUUCCCGUUUAUAUCAUCGGUAUAAAACUAUAACCAACUGACCAGUUUAGUGGAUCUGAUAAGGGCUCGUGUGUGGUUGUGUCCACGUUCAAGAUAAUGUAAAAGGGGCCUAAAUGUUAUUAAUAACACAUUUAAAUGUCUUAAGACUUUUUAAAAGAAGGAGUCUUUCCUAUGGAUACAUAUCAGCUCUCUAAAUGACAUUUACACUCAUAUGAUGUUAUAGAUUCAAACACCAUUAUUGUAUCGACCCCAUAAAUAACUGAAAGUCUUCAUGCCAUCAGUCCCAGUUUUUAUGUACUUCCACUAAUUUUUGGCCGACUGUAGCAUGCACACAUUGUGUCAUCAUGUCUGUGUCAGGAUGUGAGACAGAGACAUCCAUCCAUCACCUUUAUAACAAGUCCCAAUUGCCUACACUACUCUACCCUAACGUGCCUCGACACUCUUUUUCGUUUAGCGCCUGUGGUAUUCUGAAACGUUCAGUCUCCUGUUGCCUUUGCUGAGGACAGCCACACACCUUUCAUCUCUUAAAGACUAAGACAGGACCUUAACUUAAGCACAGUCUUAGCUCAUACUGUACACACCCGCUCUGCUUGCCACCUUAGUCUGACUGUGAUGCUGUAACUGAAGCUGUGUUAAAGUCAGUCGUAACGGGGCAAAGGACAGCGUUUCCUGCCCAUGUCCUUGUUUUGGCUCUUAAAGAUUUAGCUCCUUUAAUGCCUUUUAUUCCUAUUUAUUUAUGCUUUGUCCCUGUUUGGUAUAAGGAGGUCUAUGGGAUCUAUUUAUUUAUGAUAUAAUAUCAUCUAAAGCUGAAUUAAUGUUAGAAAAAAUGGUCUUUAUAUGGUGUGCUCUCUUUGGGGAAAUCUAAGUCUUAUGUUAAAGUUGAAACUGUUUGUCCCGAUUUUGUCCCAGAAUCAGAACCACUGUGUACAAACACCUUCAAACCCGUCCCCUGCUCCUGCAUCGUCAGCUCAUCUCUGUACUUAGAUGUGUUGUACAACAGACUGGCCACUGUGAUCGUUUAGCUAUCUGAUUUAGAUAACUGAAUAGCAGAUGCAGGUUCUUGUCAAUUUAAAAAAGGUAGAUUCAAACUUCCCUCACUUUUCCAUGGAGUUGUAUAAUAUGUAUUAUACUAGAGAGUUAUUUGGUUUCCGUUUUAUUUAUUGUGACGUCCACUGACGUGCGAUCGUCGAAGGGUUGAGCCUCUAGUCUCUCUGAAAAGCCAAGCUGUCAGUGUGUGGUAGAGGAGAAAAAGAGUCUUAUAUUGCUCUAAAAAUCUGCAUUGUUUUUGGUCUGUUGAUUGUCAGUGUAACUGCAUGUACCCUCCAUAACCUCAGUUCCUCUGUACAUGAACAAGUAAAUAAAACAAAGGUUUAAUUUUCUGUGGAAGAUAUGGAACAUAUUGCUCUAUAUGAAAGUUACAGAUCUCCAUAUAUUGUACAUGACUCUGGUUAUUAUCACUACGUUUCCAUAAUGCUUUCAAACGACCCUCUGCUGCCACUUCUACGACAUCAAACUGACCUUAGACUACUUUGGAGAUAUACUAGUUUUAUUUUACUCGACACGUAACGUAAAGCUGAGGAUGAGACUUGCUGACCAACCACAAACACUUUUCUCUUUUACCUUCCUGACUUUCUUUGAACUCUUGUUCCUGUUCAAUAUUCAAUGUUCUGCUUGUAGAACUGUACAAAGGAAUACUGUAUUCUGAGGGCAAACAUGUUUGGAAGGCAUUUGCAGCCUAUGUUUGUACACAAAAAUGUUAAAUAAAAUCUCCUUGU